AGCAGAAUGGAGAGGAGGGGAGUAUUACAUUUGCUUAUGCUGUUGGUAUAUCAUGUAGCAGCUGAGCUACCAAUCAACGACUGUGAUGAACCCCCGCCGAGUGCCAAUACUUACAGGACAUUCCCUGACAAUAGCACUGUGGAGUACAGAUGUAUCGACACCUACAUUCUGUCAUCAGGCGACCUCGUCCGGCACUGCGUCGAUGGAAAGUACAAUGGAACCUCUCCAAUAUGUUCUUUGACCUGUGGUCCCCCCCUGAACACAAGCUACGCCAGUAUUAACUCUACCGGAAGUAAAGAAGGGGACACGGUGACGUACACAUGCCCCGACGGUUGGCUUGUGUCCUCGACAAACACUGAAUGCAGUGGUAAAGACGGGUACUGGCUUGCUGGGGACAGAUGCUUUGCAAAUGUCAGUCUAGACAUUGCAGCGCUCACUGCAGUACAGACGUCCACUGCGACUUUGAACGACAUCCGCCAGACCACAAUCACACCUCUCUCACUGUCACUCACCCCUACAUUUGAUGCUGCUAACGCCCUGGAUCCAAUAAAGCUUGGAGUAAGUCUUCUCACCGGCGACUGCAGCAGCACUGGGCUUGAGCAACGUCCUCAUAUGACUGUCACUCUUGACAACUACUACACCAUCUAUCAAGUAGCCGUGACACUACCGGAUGAUGACUUUGCCUUCUCCCUCCCCAACCUGAAUAUAGGAUCUUCCACACGUCUCCAGACGACAUGGCAGACUUGUAUGAAACACAAGGGCACUAUACCCUCUGGGUCCAGGUUCGUGGCUACAUGUGAAGGAACACGGUACCCAGUGCACGGAAAGUAUCUACUCCUCGAGGUGGACUUUGGAGACGAACCUGGCAUGUUACAGAUAUGUCAGAUCGAGGUGUAUGGCCACCCUUUAACAUCAGGUAUGUUGUGGUGUGUUAUAUGAUGCAGUAUCCUGGUGGGUGAAAUUUAGAAUGAUCCUCUCAAAAAUAUGAACAAUGUGGGAAGGGGGACUCUUUUUAUGGGGAUCAGGUUUUUGUGUGAAACGAUUUCAUAAUGGACACAUUGUUUUUUCUGAGAAAUAUUCAGCUGUACAAAUGUAACUUUCUCCCAGAGCACAUAUUUUGGCAGAACAAACUGCAUUUCGGUCGAACAAUUAAUGUUACUAUUGUAAAGCCCGAGGUCAAAUUAUUUAUUCUGACAGUUUCUGGAAUAUUAAAUGAUUGAUCUCUAACUGAUGGAUGACCAGAAUCAGAUGACCAGAUAACACGGAUAACAUGCUAACCAACUGGAUGGCAAAAAUGCUGGCAGCUUUGAUUUGUAAAAUUACCCAUACUUUAUCGAUUGACACCUUCGUUGUAUGUAGUACGGUGGGCUAGCCAAGUGGCCAAGGCCUUUGCUCGAAACAACGAACCAACGAAGGCCCAAGCUUGGUUCCUCACGUGGAUACUAUGAGUGAAGGCCAGUUCUAGUCUGGAAUACUGCUAAAAGCAACGAGAAACCGUACUCACUCACUCACGAUUUCAUGAUUUCCCAUGCGCAUACUGACAGGUGAGCAAGGGUUAGCACACUGUGUUCAUUGUGUUCAUGUACAGUCAGCCACGAAUCACAGUGUCUCGGAGUCAUAUAUCAAACAAACAUCUUUAUAGUAUCCAUAAAAUAGAGCACACUCAGCUUUAGAACGUAUAAAGGUUCAAAAUAGAUAAAUGUAUUGUCCACAUGUGAUUACAUACAAUAAUUUAAAUAUGGUAAGUGAUUUCGCCAUAAACCGGUACAGUAAAGUAUGAAUUUGGGGCGGUUGCUAAUCCCUUUCUAACCUUGAAAAUUUAAAUCAUUUAAAUUUUACUAAUGCCUUUCUAAGAUGUCCAGCACAAAAUACUACUAAAUUGAAACAAA